CGAGAGACGCUCACAGUAACAAAGUAACACUCGAAGACAAAAAGUAACAAUCUCCUGUGACUUCAAAGGAAUUAAGAGAGCGGGAAGGAUUUUAUUUUUAACAACUGAUUCUAUCGUCGUCAUGACCAGAAGGGAAAAUAUGAAGUUUUUAACUGUUUUACGUCUUUUUGUCUUUACCAUCGUGGCUGUCACGUCGGUGAACUGUGCGUCUAUAGAGCGGUUCGAGAGCCAGAGGCCUCCACAGACAGCUGUGAUUGAUCUUUUGGAAGCAUUGAAUGAGAAGAGAACUACUUCGGACGACAAGCAAGUGGAAUACGAGGAGGAAAGCGAGGAGUAUUACUAUGACGACGAUGAAGAGGAUGAGGAGUUUUCGGGGGAUUAUGGGCUGCCGUUGGUUGCGUUUUCAAGCAAACCCAAAGACCCGAGUGCAGUUUUGAAGGCAGAGAUAACUGAAGAUUUAAAGAGGAAGAGGCUCGGAAGGAAGAAGGGAAAAGGAAAGGGAAAAGGCAAGAAAAGGAACCCUUGUCUAAUAAAGUACAAGGACUUUUGUAUCCACGGAACCUGCCAGUACCUGAGGGACUUGAAGGGGCCCUCAUGCAUAUGUGACUCUGGCUACUCAGGAGAGCGCUGUCACCUUUUCUACCUGGAAGUAAAGACGAGUGGUGAGGCGUACGACCGCACUACGGCCCUCGCUGUGGUGGCUGUGGUUCUCUCUUCGUUAUGUCUCACCAUCAUUGGACUUCUCCUGGCACUCAGGUUUCACAAGCAAGGCGCAUACAAUGUGGAAAAUGAGGAGAAGGUUAAACUGGGAGCCGCCCCACACCACUAAACGAGACGGGAGAGGACGGGCGACCGUGUGGAAAUUCUACCUCAAAAUGAAGUGGCAAAGUUGAAUGUUGUGGAGAGCAGCGGGCACAGCGUGCUGGAGAAGAGGGAAGAGUUACCGUGUUUGUUUGGCAGGACUCGUGGCGCCUCCGUGAACUGCCUGACUCUCAAAUGACUCGCUAAAAGGUUCGCAGGAGAGCUCAAAUCCUGCCACCAACUGGAACUAUGACGGACGGACUCGGUUGGGAAGAACCUGAGCCGUUCGAUACAGAAUAAGAAGGACCUCUUCGGGGUUGGGAAUGUAGUUUGUGUUGUAGAGGCUAGGCUUUUUCUAGUACUGAAGAAGCUUUGCCUGAAAUGAGUAUUCUUACAAAUAAGCAUUUUUGUUUGUCUUGUGCACUGUGUAUUUAAUCGUUGCUGGCUAUGCUUUAAUUUAUUUAUUUAUGUAUAUAUAUAUCUAUCUAUUAAUAUUUAUUUGGAUGUAGACCAACCUUGUCCAGCCCUAAUGCACUGGCAAUGUAUUUGAAAGUCUUUGUUGUGUUGUAUGUCUAUGUAAAAUUUUAUUUAUUAAAAAAAAAGCAAUAGUAAUCCGUGUCUAUUCAGUAUGUGAGUACUGAACAA